GAUCUUUCUAUGUUACUGCGACUAAUCAUUUUAUGACUACUUGCAAGCAGGAAAACCACCGUCUUGCUUUACUUGGUGCUAAGUGGACGAAGCCACAGGAUUAAGCCGCCGAGUCCCGCAAGAGAUGCAGUCACAAGUCCCCCAAGCUCCUGCACCUGGCUACAACACGGUCAGCGUGCAGCAGCCGAAGCUGCGAGGCUGCGUGGCCGGAGUGGAGGAUAGACCGGAGAUGGGAGAAUUAUCCGACACCGAAGAGCGGCGACUGGAGGACCUCAAGGAGUACUUGUCCGACGGCUUGAAAAUGGAAGGCCCCUUUGCUUUGCGCUCUCCAUUUUUCUCUUCCCCUAGUGAUUCCAGCUGGACUACUCCCAUAAGGAAGUACUGGAGUCCCCUGCACUGCGGUCGCAAGCCAAGUUUCGCUGGUCCGCGCGUGGAUCGGACGGCCAGGACAAGCGCCGGUAGCGACAAGCCGCUGCAGACUUCUUCCGCUCCGCCGAGAAAGCCGGCCUCAACGAACGAUCAGUUGGGCGGCUUCUUAGGCUGUCCGCUCGACUUAGCCAAAAGUGACAGGGCACGCAGUUUUCCCAAGACGACGGACAAGCUACGGGACUCGUCAGCGGAGAAAGUUCAGUGCAUUGUGGAGGCGUCAAGGAAGGUAUCGAGUGCGUUCGACGCCUUCAGGGUCGCUGGCGUGCUGCUCCAGGGAAGUUUGGAGGAGGAUUUAGUUCUCAAACAAGAGAAGCGCAAGUUGGAGCUAGAAGUGCUGCGUCUGAAAAGGGACAAGCUCAAGCUGACCAUGCAGAAAAAGAAAAGCCUCAAGGAUAAGAAGGGUGUUAUUAAGUAG